UCAGUCACUCGCGAUCACUCGAACGAAUCGGUUAUCCGGUAUUUGGCAUCCGGCAGCAGGUGUGAGAUGUUAGGUGUUUCUUCGUGGUGUUUAGUGUUGUUCGGUGUUGUUUCGCGUUGUUUUCAGUUGCUUUGAGCCGAGAACUCCGCUCAGCGGCAAAUUGCAAAUGCAAAGUGCAUGUGCAGCCAUCACCUAAUAUUUUGUUUUGGUUUUUGAUUUUUGUAUUUGAAUUUGAAUUUGAGUUUGAGAAUUGAAUUUGAAUUUGAGUUUGGCUUUAGUGCGAGUUCUGUGCUGCGUUUUCAAUAAACGCGUUUGCUUGUUGGCGCUUUCGGCUGCGUGGGCGCCAAUUUCAUGUGGCUGUGUGUCGCGCGUGUGCAUUAGCUAAUGUGUUUGUAUUGCUAAUUAAAACGGCAGCAGCAACAGCAACCGCCAAGUGGCAAGAACCAGCAACAACAACAGCAACAAGAACCCCUCAAUAAAAGCGAAACAAAGUGCAGUCGAUAAAUACGAUAAACGCAAUUCCCCAACCGAACUUGAUUUGGAUCGACAGUCGGCAGGUGUUUUUCCCCCGCCGCAUUGCCGCAUUUUCCAUGAUUCAGAGCACGAGGAGCGUUCGGCAUGACGUGAACUGCUUAGAUAUUCCAUGCGAGCACCAAAACCUUUGCAACUAGCCGCCCCCAAUCGAUCGUCUCACAUCGAUUCGAUCCGAUUGCCCCCCCAAAAAACUAAAGCGUCCACUUUUUGGGGACGUGUUCCGUUCCACGUAGAAGAGGAUCCACCGGAAAAGUAGAACCAAAUGAUACCACCCCAAGCCAGCACGAUGGACUCACGCAUCGGCCUGGACUACAUUGUCGAGAAUCGUGACUACAUUGCCAAGCUGGGCGCUGCCCUGGACACCCAGAAUGCCACCGUCAAGAAGCAGGUCUUCGAGCUCCUCUCCGCGCUGUGCGCCUACAGCCCCGAUGGAUAUGCCCGUGCCAUCGAGACCCUAGAGUUUUACAAGAAUCUCAAGAAGCAGCGGUACCGCUUCAAGAUUGUCGUCAACGAACUGGAGCUGUCGAGUGCCGCUGCCAUUCCGCCCCUGGAUUACCAGGCCGCCCUGCUGGCCUUCAUCAACUGCGUCAUCAUUUCGGCGGCCACUCUACAGGAGCGGAUUCGCAUACGCAACGAAUUUAUAGGUCUCAAAGUUUUGCCGCUGCUCAAUAACCUCAGGCUGCUCGAGGCAGGCAACGUGGAGUCGUCAGCAUCGCCCUCGCCGCCGCCAUCCCUCACAUCGGAGUCCGUCGCCUCAUCGGCGACGUCAUCCGUUUCCGCUUCCGGUUCCGCGUCCGUUUCCGCAUCCGCUUCCGUGACGCCAUCGCCAUCGCCGUUGCACCUGCAGCGCCGUGUCACAUUUUGCGGCUCGCUGUCCCGUUACAGCUGCGCCGCCUUGCAACUGGUGCAGAAUCUCAAAAAAGUCGCACAAAGUGUGGGCGAUAUCAUCGUACAAUUGGACGUAUUCGUGGAGCAGCAGGAAUGCGACGAGGCCCAGAGCCUUCAGGCGCCCGAUGGCAUCAAUCUCAACUCGCAUCUUGAUGUUUUCUAUGCGAUUUUGCGACAGGUGGCUGAUACGCCGCAGGAAGUGCCAUUCCUCAACAUACUGCAGCACCUGCUGCGCAUCGAUCCCAAGGAGCCGCUCAGCGACAUCAUCUGGGACACCACAGAGCGUCUGGUCCACCGCGCCACGCUCCUCGAGAGUCACGAGGAUUCGGUGCGCCUGCUGCGCACGCCCAGUAGCCAGAAGUUCGCCUGCCAGAGUUGUCGCGGCAGCGAUGCCAGCAGCCCCACCCGCAAGCCCUCCUCCCAGCCGAUGGGUGUGUCGGCCAAGACGACGCCUCCGCCACCGCCACCACCCAUGGCGCCCAUGGCGGCAACUGCAGCACCACCGCCCCCGCCACCGCCGUUAAAUGGCCCAGCACCGCCGCCACCGCCACCGCCCAUGAUCAAUGGUGGCGCCCUGCCUCCGCCGCCACCUCCGCCCGCGAUGCAACUGGCCUCGCGGCCCAGGACACCAGAUCCCAUGGCCGCGGAGGCGGUGGCCACUGCCAUACUGCUGCCCCAACAGGACACGCCCGCGCCCAAGGCCAAGAUGAAGACCAUUAACUGGGGCAAGAUACCGCACAACAAGGUCCUGGGCAAGCAGAACAUCUGGAGCAUCGUGGCCAGCAAUCAUCAGGACAGCCCCAUGCAGGACAUCGACUGGAACGAGAUGGAGGGACUCUUCUGCCUGCAAACAGCCAGUGCCCAGGGAUCACCCAAGUUGGGACGCGAUGGCAGUCAGGCCACCGCCGGAUCUAAUGGUUGCGAUACGCUGGACCGAAAGUCCAAGAAGGAGAGCACAGAGAUCACGCUGCUCGACGGCAAGAGGAGUCUGAAUGUGAACAUAUUCCUGAAGCAGUUCCGCACCAGCAACGACGACAUCAUCCAGUUGAUCCGGCAGGGCGCCCACGAGGAGAUCGGAGCGGAGAGGCUGCGGGGUCUGCUGAAGAUAAUGCCCGAGGUGGAUGAGCUGGACAUGCUGAAGGGAUUCAACGGGGAUAAGGGACGACUGGGCAAUGCCGAGAAGUUCCUGCUGCAGCUGCUGGAGGUGCCCAACUACAAAUUGCGAAUUGAGAGCAUGUUGCUCAAGGAGGAGUUUGCGGCGAAUGUGGCCUAUCUGGAGCCCUGCAUCAAUGCGAUGCUCUAUGCUGGCGACGAUCUGCUCAAUAACAAGACCCUGCAGGAGGUCCUUUACAUGGUCGUGGUGGCUGGAAACUUCCUCAACUCCGGCGGAUACGCUGGAAAUGCGGCGGGCGUGAAGCUAUCAUCGCUGCAAAAACUCACUGACAUCCGGGCGAAUAAGCCGGGCAUGAACCUCAUUCACUUUGUGGCUCUGCAGGCGGAGAAACGCAAUCCCGAGUUGCUUCAAUUCACAGGACAACUGAGCAACCUCGAAAGUGCCAGCAAAACCACAUCGGAGCAGAUCAACAAUGAAAUCAACACACUGGACGGCAGGAUUAGGAGAAUAGCCAGGCAGAUCGAGCAGCCAGCCACGGAUGCGGACAUCAAGGAGCAAAUGGCCGACUUCCUGCAGGCCGCCGAAUCCGAGCUAUCCGUGCUCCAAGCUGGCAUGAAACAGGUGGAGUCCAUGCGUCUCAAAAUGUCCGAGUUCUUCUGCGACGACGCGGCCACCUUCCGCCUGGAGGAGUGCUUCAAGAUCUUCCACAACUUCUGUGAUAAAUUCAAGCAGGCGGUCAAGGAGAACGAGCGCCGCCAGCAGCAGGAGCAGCAGGCCACGCUCCGGAGGAAGCAGCGCGAGGAGCAGCUGGCCCGCAGAGCCAGGCAGAUUGGUCCGGCUGGUACGCCAGUGUCCGAUUCGGAGCACUCCUUCUUGGGCGAUGCUCUCUUCGAUCCCAGGGCUAGUCCUGCACUUAGUCGCCGGCACCUGGGCUCCGGAGAGCUCAGCAAUGGUUUCAUCCGCGUGGAACAGGAUGGCGCCUCGCCGGACAUCACACCCAACGGAAGUCUAAGGCGCCGGCGUAGUCGAGUAUUAGCCGAGGAGGAUGACCUGAUGGAGUUCCUGAGGAGUUCGACGGGUCCGCACGAUGGACACAACAGCAGGGAGCGGAAGGCGGCCUACGGCAGUCUGGAUCGCUCGUGGGCUCGUCGUGCCCGCUCCGGAAGCUCCAGUCGCAAGCGACCCGAUUUGCUCAACAUUGACUUUGGCCUGGAUCGCGAACGGGCCAGCUCCCCAGCUCCACUUCUGCAGCAGCAGCAGCAUCAGCAGCAAAAUGCCCAGGAGCGACUGCAAUCUCCGCUGGCCAGUGCAGCUGGCACGCCCACAACAGCAGCGAAUACGCCCACGGGCAGUGGAUCGGCGAUUACUCAAACGCAGUCUACGAACGAGGAUGCGAAACCAAGAAUAUCCCGUGAGUGGCGCCAGAAGAUCGAGACGUGGCUGCAAUCCAACGAGAGCGAUGAGAAGCAGAACGAGGAGUACAGGCGCAAGCGUCGUCUGGUCAACGCCAAUCGGCGUUCGCUCGAAAACGAAACUGAAAACGAACGAAAACUGGACCCCUUGCCGGAGGAGAAGAUCCUGCCGUCGACGACGACAGCUACGCCAACGAACACGCCCACGACAACUAAUCCCACUAACUCCACUACCAGAACGGAUCAGGAGUUCGGCAAAUACCAGCGCGUCUACGCCGACUGGAAGCCCUCGAGGACGCUGGAGCAGACGGACGUGGUGGCCAAUCUGCAGGCCAUUGCCGAUGCCCAGCCGCAUGAUGCACUGCGUCAAUAUCGCCGACAGCGAUCGCAGGAACAGUCGAGUCCCAUUGCACUGCAGUCGAUAGCCGAGGAAGAUCGUCGAAAGUCCCUAAUCCAGAAACAGGGCGAAAGGGACAUGAGCAACGAGCGACUGCAAAGCUACAUCAGGCGAUCUUCCAGCCGGGAACUGCAGCCUGCGAAACCGGAGGAGCAGCCACUGCCACCCAAGUCACCAAAGCCACAAGUGUCCGACGACACCUUUGCCAGCCUGCUCAGCCAUCACAAGACCCAAAACGAGAUGCAGGGCUCGUCCAAGGACGUGGAUGCGGAUAAUAUAGAGACGCCACCAGUUAGUCGACGGGUCAUAGCCACGCCCACUACCACUGUGGUCACCGUGAGCAUGACGGACAAACCAAAGGCUGUGCCGGAGGAGAAGAUCAACUCAGCGGAACAGGAUGCGCCGGGUCACUUCGAUCGCCAUGCCCUGGCCCGCCGCACACGACGCUACAAGAGACCCACGGACUACAGCAGUGGCAAUGAGGAUAUCCUGACCACCAGCACAGCAGAGGCGAAGACUACUUCGCCAUCGAAGCCAGAGCCACCAGCACCCGAGAAGUCCAAGCAGAAGGAGCGGACGAUCAACAAGCUGGAGAAGGUGGGUCGCCACAUCAGUUCCAUCAAUCAGGAGGAUGUGAGGGAGGCCAUUCGGAAUCUGAAAUCGCCCACGGGAACUCCAGAACGACCUUGGAGUCCGCCGCGGGAGAUCACGCCCUCCAAGCUGAAACUCUCCGCCAGUGGACACCAUCACGAACUCAAUGACGAGGGCUUCGAGGAGACGCAGAGUCUUGUGUCGGACACUCCCUCGCAUGGAAAGGGUGAGAGCACGAACUCCUCGUGCAACGAGGGCGUAAACGAGACUCCUGCCCGCCAGCGUCCGAUGCAGAAGCAAAAGCCCACAACCACCAGCAUCACCCAGAUGGGCAGUCGGCUGGCCGAUCGCCUGCAGCAGGCCAGGAUGAAGAGUUCCGGAUCCCCGGGCGCGACAGCCAGCAAGUCACAAAACCAAAUCCCUGCCACUCAAACUGCAACGGUCAAGAGGAGUCUCUCCGCCAGCCGACCGCUCCGCAUGCCCAACGGUCAGCCAUUGGCCAGUGCAGCACCACUAAGAUCCGCAUCCGCCGUGAGACGCUCGCCGCAGGAGCAACAGGUUCUGUCUGGCGUGGAACGCAGCAGUUCCAGAAACAGUCUGCGCUCCUCGCGAUCGUCCAUCAACAGUGGAGCCUCCACGCAAACGGUGGUCAGACGACUGCCCGCCGUCCAGCGAGCGGGAGCCACAGUGUCCGUUGACUCCUCGCCCAGCAAGAGACCACUGGCCGCCCAGAAUCUGCGACCUACCCAGGGACGUGGCGUCCCCGCCAGCAGAAGCAGCAGCAGUGGCUCGAGUGUGGGACCCAGUGUGAUCCUAGUGCGCAGCAAGAUGUCCAACACCGCACCGAAAUCGAAUAUCAAUGGCAGCACCAGUUUUAAGGAGAAUCAAUCCCAGUCCCAACCCCAGUCCCAGUCCCAGUCCCGGAUGAGCGCCGCUCGCAGCGUGGUGCUGGUGAAGAAUGCCCUUAACCAGCAGCAGCAGGCCAGGAUGAGUGCGAACGCGAGUCCCCAGCAAAGGAGCACCAGCAGCAGUCGAUCCGUGAGCAGCUUCAUGCGACCCACGGCAAGCAGUGCCACCAAGCGACAGAAGUGAGGGCACGCGGUCCAGUUCAGUCAUCGUCCAAGUUAACGUCCCAAGUUUACACAUGUUACAAACGCGAAUGCAUCCAACUCCAAGCCGUCCAAGCGACAAUUUCGAAUUUCUAAGCAGGACCUGAAACACAAAAAACAGCACACACACACACAUAGUUGUUACAGUUGCAAUAUUUUGAGAAGUUAUACAAAUCUGAAGAAUUCCCUGCACAUUCCAACUCAAGGUCCACAAAUCCUUAAUACAAAAGACAAAAACUUUCCAACUCUUAAAUGUAUUUGAGCACAAAAAAAAAAGCAUGACAAAAAUACUAGCAUGUACUACUCAACUAAAACUUAGGAUAAGCAAAAAAACAAAAAAAAAAAUGUUAAAAUCGUAUUUUCAAUAUUUAACAUAUAGUUGUAGGCAUUAUUCGAUUAUACGAUCACAUUAGGAGACUUUUUAUAGAAGUGCGUUGUUUACAAAGUGUGUAGUUGAAGAAACCAAAACGACAAUUACAAAUCUUUAAAUAAAAGAACAUAAGCUUUAA